UUGAUUUUUCCUACUAGGCAAGUCAGAAAGUUAAAGAAUAUGGGGGCUCUUGAUGCCAAAAAAAUAGCCGAAGCUGAGGCUUUAAUGGGGCAGGUCGAUAGUGCCCCGGACGAGUAUGCCAAAGCUGGUAUAUAUUACAAGGCUGCAACUGCAUAUCGAAUUGCCAAAAGAUCGGAUGAGAGCAAGGAUUGUUUUUUGAAGGCCAUCGACUGUUACGAGAACAAUAAGUCGUGGUUCCACGCUGCCAAAUCGUACGAGCAGAUUAUUUUGCUAGCCAAAGAAACAGGUACUCUAUCGGAAGUGGAGGUGUAUGCCAAUAAGGCUUGCAGUCUCUACCAGCAACACGGUUCACCGGAAGCAGCUGCCGCAGCACUGGACAAAGCCGCCAAAAUGACGGAAUCCAAACAUCCCGAAUUGGCAUUGCAGUUCUACAAGCGGGCUCUGGCCGUCGUUUUGAAUGGGGACUCCACCCAUCAAGCGUCUGAAUUCGCAUCGAAAGUCUCGAGAAUAUUGGUGAAACUUAAGAGAUUCGAGGAAGCCAGCAAAGCUCUCAAAAAGGAAAUAGGCCUUAAUUUACAGACAAAAUCGUACGGACAAGUUGGUCGGUUAGUCGUGGCCUUGGUGCUGGUGCAAUUAGCAUACGAUGAUUUCGUAGAUGCCAAAAAGACAUUCAAAAAAUGGGGAAAUCGUUGUGAGAAACAAGAAGUGACAACAUUGGAAAAACUAUUAAAAGCUGUUGAUGAUAAGGACCACGAACUAGCUGCCAUGAUGCUGGCAUCCCCAUUUAUCAGACAUAUGGAUGUGGAAUACGCCCUUUUAUCGAAGAACAUUUCCAUAUCACAAGGUAUUCAAAAUGGUUCUCAACUGGAGAAGGAAGCCAGCGACAAUGCUGGAAAUUGAGCUUUAUUAGUUUGUUAUGGUCUAGUAGCUUAGUAGUCAAUAGUGUUUAUUGUUCCUCAAAUACAAAAAAGCUUUAUAAAUGUACACUGUUAAAUAUAUACAAAAAUAUAAAGUGUUGUUUAAAAAAUGCAUUAACAUUAUUCAUUCUGUGCCUUAGAAGAAUUUUUCUAACAAGUUUCUUACAUCUUUAAUAGGAUUUUAAAAACAACUCUGAAUACUUAUAAAUUUUCUAAAAAAAAAUUUACAUAUCAAUAAGCCUUAAACUAGACUAAUAAAUUUGAUACAAAAGUUAAAUUUUAUAUUGUA